AUGCAGGAAGAAGACUACGAGAUUCUUCGCAAUCGCGCCGACGCCAACCCAUCUGAAUACACGCAAUGGGACCCGAAUCGCCAGUUUCGCAGCCAAUAUGCAGAGUUGCACAAGGACGAUGCCAACUAUGAGGAGCGCACGCGCAUAGCAAAAGAGAGGGAGCAGGAGCAACAACAGCCUGGGAAAGCCGCAUCGCCUCUACCACAAUUAGAGUUGGAGGAAGUUGCGACCCCGCUCUCGCGACACAGUAGCGCAUCCUCGUCCUCCAGCUCGUCUUCAGCUUCAACGCAAGAUGGCGCGCGCCUCGAAGAAAUUCGAACUGCGCAUUCGACUGGGCGCGACCGCGCGGCCACGGUCACCUCACAAGCCUCGAGCGGCAACAUCCUUCACCUCCACCCCACCGAGCGCCACCCAGAAGCCAUCCGCCGUAUCGAGACACACCGCAGCCAACAUGCUGGCACCGUCGGAGCAGCGCAGACGCCCUCGCGUCUCACACAGACUCUGUCGCGUCGCCGUACUGAAAGGGCACUGCCGGGCCUGGGAGCCGGCAAGCCCUUCCCGCCGCUGCUGCCCGAUCGUGAGGAAUACGUGGUCGAGUUUGAGGGCGUCGACGACCCGUUGCAUGCGCAGAACUGGCCCAUGAAGAAGAAGCUGGUCAUUGGUGCGAUUCUGGCCUUCGAUGCUCUUGCCGCUACCAUGGGCUCGAGUAUCUUCUCAGCUGCCAUUGGGCCAGUAUCAAGGGAGUUUGGUGUCAUCAACGAAGUCGGCACGCUUGGCACGAGUCUGUUCGUGUUUGGAUAUGCUUUCGGACCAUUGAUCUGGGCACCUUGGAGCGAAUUGUACGGCCGCAAACCUCCCAUCAUCAUCGCCGCCUUUGGCUUCUCUAUUUUCAGCAUCGCCGUUGCCGUGGGCAAAGACCUCCAAACCAUCCUCAUCUGCCGCUUCUUCGCCGGUCUCUUCGGCUCCAGUCCGCUCGCUAUCGUCGCCGCCGUCUUCGCUGACAUGUUCGACAACAAGCUGCGCGGUAUGGCUGUCGCUGUUUUCUCGGCAACCGUUUUCAUGGGCCCUCUGCUCGCCCCUUUCAUCGGCGGCUUUAUCACAUCAAGCAGCCUCGGCUGGCGCUGGACUGAGUACAUCAGCAGUUUCAUGGGCUUCAUGGCAUUGGCGCUGCUUCUGCUAUUUAUGGAGGAGACCUACCCACCUGUCGUACUCAUCAACAAGGCCGCCGAGCUCAGGAGAAGAACAAAAAACUGGGGCAUUCAUGCUAAGCAGGAGGAAAUCGAAGUCGACUUCAAGGAGCUGAUUGUGCGCAACAUCAGUCGUCCGAUGCGCAUUUUGUUCACCGAGCCCAUCGUGCUGCUCAUCACGUUGUACAUGAGCUUCAUUUCUAAUGAAACAUCAGACGGCCUACUUUACCUAUUCCUGACUGCGUACGCACUGGUUUUUCAAGGCGUAUACGGCUGGAGCCCAGGCGUGGCCGGACUCGCAUAUUUCGGUAUGGUUGUCGGAGAAAUCAUCGCCUUCAUCAUCAUCAUCACGACCAAUUCGCGCUACGUCAAGAAGCUGGAAGCAAACAACAAUAUCCCGGUACCUGAAUGGCGUCUCCCCAUAAGUAUGGUCGGUGGAGUCCUGUUCACUGGUGGACUCUUCUGGUUCGGUUGGAGUGGAUACUCGGGAAACGUGCAUUGGAUCGUGCCUGUUCUCUCUGGAUUGCUCACCGGCUUUGGCAUCUUUUCCAUCUUCUUAUCGUUGCUCAACUACUUAGUGGACGCAUAUCUCAUGUUUGCCGCAUCCGCCAUCGCUGCAAACACGUUCAUGAGAUCCAUCUUUGGAGGCAUAUUUCCACUCUUCGCGACAUACAUGUUCAACGGCAUGGGUAUCCAAUGGGCAUCUACUCUACUCGGCUGCGUUGCGCUUGUAUUGGUACCUAUGCCAGUAGUUUUCUACGUAUUUGGCAAGAGGAUUCGAGCGAAGAGCAAGUUCGCGCCUGCACCGGACAUUGAGCAGGAUAAGAGAAGGGACGAGGAGAGUCGGUACACUCAAGAAGAGGCAGCCGAGACGCGCAGUGGAAGUACGACUGAGGGCGAAGAGGCCGCGAGAGAAAUCCAGAAGGAGAAGAGCAAGGAGCAGUGA